AUGGAUCGGAACACGCCUCUCAGAAACACAUUAAACUCGGCUCGCUCCACCGACCCCGACCGGUCGAGAUCAGCCUUGAGAAAGAAUCUGUCGUACACCUCCUCGGCGUUGCGUGCGUUGUGGGGGGGCAGCCCCCACAUCAUGCCGGACCGCGCCAGCCCUGCACUGAUGUCCGCCCGAUCUGAUGGGGGGAGAGGUGGGAGGGGAGAGCAGGAGAGGGGGGAAAGGGUGUGGAUUGAGAGGGAGUGGGAAGAGGGGGAGAGGCAGCGCUUCCAGGACACGUCCCAGGAGGUGAAGGUGUUCUCACAGAUCUUCUGGAAGAGCCGCCUGUCCCCGAGGAUCUCAAGGGGGGAGAGGUGGGAGGGGAGGGCAGCGGGGAGUGAAAGGGGUGGUGAGUGGGGUGAAGAGGGGGGGAGAGGGGAGAGGGCGAGGGGGGGAAGGGUGAGGGUUGAGAGGGAGGGAGAAAGAGGGGAGAAGGGGGAAAGGGAGAGGGGAGCGGGGGGAUGUUGUGGGGCUUGCUGCCGUGCAGCACCUGCCCUUCCUCCUCCUCGCAUCCUGCACAUCACCUGUUCAUCCGUGCCAGUACCCUGCCCCACUUCACCCCCCUCCCCUCCCCUCCCCUCCCCUCCCCUCCCCUCCCCUCCCCUUUCCCCACCCCACCUGGCGCAGUUUACUGCAGUGCAGCACCUGCCCUUCCUCCUCCUCGCAUCCUGCACAUCACCUGUUCAUCCGUGCCAGUACCCUGCCCCACUUCACCCCCCUCCCCUCCCCUCCCCUCCCCUCCCCUCCCCUUUCCCCACCCCACCUGGCGCAGUUUACUGCCGUGCAGCACCUGCCCUUCCUCCUCCUCGCAUCCUGCACAUCACCUGUUCAUCCGUGCCAUUUACUGCAGUGCAGCACCUGCCCUUCCUCCUCCUCGCAUCCUGCACAUCACCUGUUCAUCCGUGCCAUUUACUGCCGUGCAGCACCUGCCCUUCCUCCUCCUCGCAUCCUGCACAUCACCUGUUCAUCCGUGCCAUUUACUGCAGUGUAGCACCUGCCCUUCCUCCUCCUCGCAUCCUGCACAUCACCUGUUCAUCCGUGCCAUUUACUGCAGUGCAGCACCUGCCCUUCCUCCUCCUCGCAUCCUGCACAUCACCUGUUCAUCCGUGCCAUUUACUGCAGUGCAGCACCUGCCCUUCCUCCUCCUCGCAUCCUGCACAUCACCUGUUCAUCCGUGCCAUUUACUGCAGUGCAGCACCUGCCCUUCCUCCUCCUCGCAUCCUGCACAUCACCUGUUCAUCCGUGCCAUUUACUGCAGUGCAGCACCUGCCCUUCCUCCUCCUCGCAUCCUGCACAUCACCUGUUCAUCCGUGCCAUUUACUGCCGUGCAGCACCUGCCCUUCCUCCUCCUCGCAUCCUGCACAUCACCUGUUCAUCCGUGCCAUUUACUGCAGUGUAGCACCUGCCCUUCCUCCUCCUCGCAUCCUGCACAUCACCUGUUCAUCCGUGCCAUGCAGCACCUGCCCUUCCUCCUCCUCGCAUCCUGCACAUCACCUGUUCAUCCGUGCCAUUUACUGCAGUGUAGCACCUGCCCUUCCUCCUCCUCGCAUCCUGCACAUCACCUGUUCAUCCGUGCCAUUUACUGCAGUGCAGCACCUGCCCUUCCUCCUCCUCGCAUCCUGCACAUCACCUGUUCAUCCGUGCCAUUUACUGCAGUGCAGCACCUGCCCUUCCUCCUCCUCGCAUCCUGCACAUCACCUGUUCAUCCGUGCCAUUUACUGCAGUGCAGCACCUGCCCUUCCUCCUCCUCGCAUCCUGCACAUCACCUGUUCAUCCGUGCCAUUUACUGCAGUGCAGCACCUGCCCUUCCUCCUCCUCGCAUCCUGCACAUCACCUGUUCAUCCGUGCCAUUUACUGCAGUGCAGCACCUGCCCUUCCUCCUCCUCGCAUCCUGCACAUCACCUGUUCAUCCGUGCCAUUUACUGCAGUGCAGCACCUGCCCUUCCUCCUCCUCGCAUCCUGCACAUCACCUGUUCAUCCGUGCCAUUUACUGCAGUGCAGCACCUGCCCUUCCUCCUCCUCGCAUCCUGCACAUCACCUGUUCAUCCGUGCCAUUUACUGCAGUGCAGCACCUGCCCUUCCUCCUCCUCGCAUCCUGCACUUCACCUGUUCAUCCGUGCCAUUUACUGCAGUGCAGCACCUGCCCUUCCUCGUCCUCGCAUCCUGCACUUCACCUGUUCAUCCGUGCCAUUUACUGCAGUGCAGCACCUGCCCUUCCUCGUCCUCGCAUCCUGCACUUCACCUGUCACCUCACUGCCCUCCCCCGCCCAACCACUUUCCCCCACACCGCACCUGGCGCAGUUUACUGCCGUCCAGCACCUGCCCUUCCUCCUCCUCCUCCGGCUUCGCUGCCAGCCUGCCCGCCAGAUCAGACACCGUGGCCUGCAGCGGGUGAACACGUGA